AUGCUGAAUGAGAGCAACAUAGAGGACUAUCCACGCUUCGGCUACCGGGGAGUUAUGCUGGACACGGCCCGACAUUACCAACCGAUGUCUAUACUCAAGAAGAACCUGGACGCGAUGUCUUACAAUAAGUUCAACGUCUUCCACUGGCACAUCGUCGAUGACCAGUCGUUUCCAUACGUCAGCACAACGUUCCCCGAACUCUCAGAGAAGGGCGCAUAUUCCCCCAAGCACAUCUACACGCAGAAGGAGGUAAAGGAGAUUAUUGACUAUGCCAGGGAUAGAGGCAUCCGGGUCAUUCCCGAGUUCGACACUCCCGGACACACGAUCAGCUGGGGACAGUCUCAUCUUGAGCUCCUCACACCGUGCUGGGGCGACGGCGAACACCCGGGCACUGCCAACUACACGCAGCACGCUGCCUACGAGAUGCUCAACCCCAUGGAGAACACGACUUACGAAUUCCUAGAGAAGCUGUUCACAGAAGUGAAGGACAUCUUCCCUGACGACUACAUGCAUCUAGGCAUGGACGAAGCCUACCCUUACUGCUGGCAGUCCAAUCCGAAUAUCACCUAUUUCAUGGAGCAGAACGGAAUCGAGGACUAUGGCAAGCUGCAGGAAUACUACACGAUGCGGGUUCUGGACAUCAUGAAGAAGUUAGAGGCCAAAUACAUCAUUUGGCAGGACCCGAUAGACGAUGGAGUUGUGGCCGAUCCUAACACGGUGGUUGAGGUGUGGAAGAACUUCACCGACAUCCCGGCGGUAGCAGCACAUGGUUACAAGAUGAUUCUAUCCUCAUGCUGGUACCUCAACUACAUCAGCUACGGUCAGGACUGGAAGAUUUAUUAUCUUUGCGACCCAUACGCAUGGAACGGAACCGAUGAAGAGAAGAAGCUGAUGAUAGGAGGAGAGGCGUGUAUGUGGCACGAGUACGUGGAUGGAACCAACCUGCUGCCUAGACUUUGGCCCCGCGCCUCGGCGGUGGCUGAGCGACUCUGGAGCGCGAGGGAGGUGAACAACACCGAUGACGCCAUGUACCGCCUGGACGAACAUCGAUGCAGGAUGUUGAGGCGAGGAAUUCCUGCGCAGCCUAUCCUCAACGGUUUCUGUGGAGACUACGAGGAGGGUUGGGAGAAGGAGGAGCCGAAGAAGAGCGCCGGAGGAGUCGUCACCACUCCCACCACCAUCCUCGCUCUCCUUGCCGCGACAGCCUGGCUACUGCUAGCGGCGAAGUACUAGCCAUUAACAAGUGUCAAGCCGUCUUUGUGUAGAUUAUAUAGAAAUUGGUUUGAUACGCGAUGAAGCUAAUACGCGCACACGGCGCGGAUGUAUGAUGGUGUUGUUCGGUUAAAUAGAUCCUUACGAAGUUCACUGGGAAGAAUUUCCAGCGCGCUCUUAGAAGGAUAGCUGACGUGAAUGUAUUGUUAAAAUGAGAUGCAUUUUAUUUCGAUUGGUAACGUCAGCAUACCAUCUUACGCAAUGGUACGGCAAUACUUGAAGUGAUUUUUAGCUCGGAGCGAGUCGUUCAUCGCCUCUCAGGUGACAGUAUUGGUAGCUUAUGUGAAAAUAAUUUUACAAACUACGAUCACGCACAUUUACGUGCAUUUACGUCUCACGGACUUGUAGAUGAUUCUAAAAACCAUUAAAAUAUUAAUCUUUAUGCCCGUGUUGAACAUUCUGCAAUAGUGUUGCAGUCGAUCGAGAUUGAAAUGAGUUAUAUUUAAUAAAAAUCAUUACUCAUUAUAUACAUUA